AUGCUUGCAACGAACAAACCGGUAGCUGAUGUCGCCUCCGGCCGCAAACUUGGGAGACUUCCUUCGAGUAUUGAUGGCAGUGCAGGCUGUGCUCCUGACACGUUCGGCUGUACAGCUUGGCUUACGGUCGCGCCCGAACUUCGCUCCAAACUCGACCCGAAGGCGGUUCGCGUUUUUUUCACCGGCUACGACCUGGCUUCAAAAGCCUUUCGCUUCUACGACACUACAACACAGAAGAUUAUACUUGGCAGAAAUGCCACGUUCCUCGACACUGAAUUCCCCGGAUUACAUGGCGACCCCACUGAGCAAGACGGCGACACGCACUUCGCCAGCGCUCCCACCACCGAAUCUCAAACCGUUGUCAAGACAUGGACCCUGUGAAGAGUCCACUCUCAGCUCGACAGGGGCGCCUCGGUCGUUGCGCGCGCCUGCUAGCCUGGCCCCUGUGGUGGGGACUUAGGCGCGCGCGAGUGCCUCAGCGCGCCGGCGCCGGCGGUUUUCGGGCGCGCGCCGCUAGCCCGCCCUUGCAGUGGGGACUUAGCCGCGCGCGACUGCCUCAGCGCUCCAGCGAUUUCGCCCGCGCCUGGGCAUAUCCCAGCGCGGGCCACCUUUCCAUUUCUUAGCUUCCUUCUCAUCACUUCUGUUCGACUCUCGACUUCUCCUGACAGUAGUGGUGAUCAUCUCAUAGGUACGCUGAAAUAGAUCACUUCUGUUCGACUCUCGACUUCUCCUGACAGUAGUGGUGAUCAUCUCAUAGGUUAUAAGCCCAUCGAGCUACCGCUGGCAUGGACACGUCGUCAACCCUCGCGACGAGCGCCAACCCGACAAUUCCCGCCGAACAGCUUGCCGCACUUACAUCGCUGCUGUCGGGACUCACCGCUGCCGCUUCCGGCACUACCGCACCCGCCACGACAUCCGGCUCCAAUCGCAAUGCCUUCCCGAAGCAUGCGCGGUUGGACGGGCCGAAGACGUUCGCGAACUGGACACGCCAGCUUCGCCUGUGCCUAGCGGACGACAUCCGCUCCUACGUCCUCGACGGAAUCACCCCCGACGAUUGGAAGCCUUCGCAACGCUCCGCCCGCGACGUCGUGGCACGCGAGAUCCUUGCAAACUCAAUCGACUCGGCCGAAGUCUCGGCAGUCCUCGACAAGAUCCCUACGGCCGACCUCACAGCGCCCAAGAUUUACUCGACGCUGAAAUCGCGAUACGCCCCUGAUGACGCCACUCGCACGCUCGAGCUCUUCUCGCGACUCUGGGGCUUCCGACCCAUGCCCGGAACGGUUGGCGAAUUUGACAGUUGGAUCAUGGACUUCAAGUCGGUCGCGCAAGAGAUCAUCGAUACGAAAACGACGAUCAACGACGUCCUUGCCACACUCCUCCUCGCGAUCGCCCACCCGUCACUCGAGAGCUUCAAGGCAACGUUCACCGACGAACAACGCACGCAACGAACUCUCCCUGACAUCGAUUCAGUGGCCGACCGUAUGCGAGUUCAACUCCGGUCAACGAACCUCUCCAACGAUCAAUCGGCCCUCCUUGCCUCGUCGUCGCCACGUUCUACCCGUACCAAGUGCCUCGCCUGUCGCAGCCCUUCUCACCGCGUCGCACAAUGCCCUACAAGGGCCCAGCAUCCACCGCCAGGCCCGUGUCGCUCCUGCAAGAAGAAGGACCACUGGUCUUUCGACUGCAAAAAGGCUCUUGAGGACGGGAAAACGCCCGACACCUCUGAUGCGCAACACCAUGUCGGAUGUCUCGCCACCGGUCUUCUCGCACAUCGUCGUCAGCUUCGCAACAACUCCUUCGUCGUCGACUCGGGUGCCACUUCGCACAUGGUCUCGGACAAGUCGCUGUUCACGGCCUAUCGCCACAUCGCUCCUACGAAGAUUGGUGGUAUUGCAGGGGGCAUCAACGCCGUCGGAACGGGAAACAUCGCCUUUGUUGCCGCCUCCGGUCACCCGAUCACGCUUACCGGCGUGCUGCACACCCCGGGCCUGUCUGUCAACCUCCUCUCGGUCUCUCGACUUUGCGACACCGACGAUGUCCGUGUCGCCUUCACGAAGCACGGCAUCCAUAUCGACAAGAACGGCAAUGCUAUCGCUGAAGGCGCAAGACUCGAGGAAGGGCUCUACUUGCUGGACGCUGAUCAUUCCAAAUGUCAGCAUCUCGCUCUCCUCUCUCGCUCACAGUCUUCCGUGCCCCUGCUGACCCUUCACCGCUGCCUCGGCCAUCUCGCACCGUCGUCCAUACAGAAGAUGGUUGCCGCUGGUUUGCUGGAAGGUCUCGGGGCCGGAUAUAGUGACGAAGAGGUAGAGAAGUUUGUCUGCAAUGCUUGCCUCAGUGCAAAGGGCCAUCGUCUUCCUUUUCCCGAUUCGGACUCGCACUCCUCAGAGAGACUCGGCCUCGUACACAGCGAUGUGCUUUCCUUUCCCGAGUCGUCCUUGACUGGCAAGCGUUACCUGGUCACGUUUCUUGACGACUUCUCGCGCAAACUGUGGGCAUACGCGAUCGGACACAAAAGCGAAGUCUUUGGCGUGUUCAAGACAUGGCUUGCCGAGGUCGAACUCGAGACGGAUGCAAAACUGAAGGUCCUCCGAACCGACAAUGGUGGCGAAUACUGUUCGAGAGCGUUCACGGAAUUCUGUAAGGCACGCGGCACACGUCGACAAUACUCUAUCCCUCGAACGCCUCAACAGAACGGUCGUGCCGAACGAGUCAAUCGUUCUAUCGUCGAAGGUGUCCUUGCCCUCCUUGCAGACGCCCACUUACCCAAAUCAUUCUGGGAGGAGGCAGCAGCUUAUUUCGUCUACUGCAAGAACCUGUGCGAACACUCGGCCCUGGACAAGGCAACACCGAACUUCGCCUGGCAGGGCGACCGCACCAACGCCUCGGCGCUUCACCCGUUCGGCUGCACGGCUUGGCUCACAGUCGCGCCUGAACUUCGCUCGAAACUCGACCCGAAAGCGGUUCGCGUUCUCUUCACCGGCUAUGACCUGGCUUCUAAAGCCUUCCGUUUCUACGACACGACGACCAAGAAGAUCAGUUUGGGCAGAAAUGCCAGGUUCCUCGACAACGAAUUUCCCGGGUUACGUAGCGACUCCACCGAGCAAGACGCCGACACGCACUUCGCCAGCGCUUGCCCGACCACCGAAUCCCAAGCCGUUGUCAAGACAUGGACCCCACUAGUAAGGUCGGCGCACAUGGACGUCUCAUCCUCUCUUGAUGACUCUGCCAUGAGCGCCGUUGACGUGGCCCCAGGGUACACUGGCGGAACCUUACUUAAUUCCACAGAUGCCGAAUCGUCCUCGUCACCGUCUCCUGAGCCGUCCUCGUCACCGUCGCCCGCAACUCCCUUGUCACCGUCGCCUGCGCUGUCACCGUCGUUGGCUGCGUCAUCGUCACCCUCGGCCUUACCGACCGACUCUGACUACUCCGCCGACCCUCUGGACCUCAUCGGCUCACAGACCCCGACUCGCCUCGGCCCACCGGACGUGCACCGCCCAGACUUCAGCACGUACCGUGAGCCCGCAUCGGCUGAGGAGUCGCCCGACGAACUCGACAUCAUUGGGCGCCACUCGCGCGAUGAAUCGCCGGACGAAAUCGAUUUCCUCACCCAACACCACCGCGCCUUCAUCGCCACCGACGACGACAACUCUGACACAGAAGCCAUUCAACCAGUCAAGUCCAUCACCAGCGACCCACAGACAUGGCGCGAGGCAAUGUCGAGUGACAAGCGCGAAGUGUGGGCCAAGGCCGCUACCGACGAGUUCAAUUCCAUGCGCGACGACUUCAAGGUCUUCACCAUCGAGGACCGAUCCACGGUACCAGUGGGUGCGACCAUCGUCACAUCCAAGUUCGUCUGGAAAACGAAACGGAAUGCACUCGGCGAAGUCACCGGCCACAAGGCACGGCUCGUGGCGCAGGGAAAUCGGCAACGCGACGGCAUCGACUUCAACGAAACCUUCGCACCAGUCGCACGCUUCUCCUCGAUACGCUCACUCCUCGCGCUGGCGGCCGCCAACGGCUUGCACGUGCACCAGGCGGACAUCGACAAAGCCUAUCUGCAUGGCGACCUUGACCAUGACAUCUGGAUGACGACACCGCGCGGCUUCGACCUUCCCACCGACAAGGUGCUUCGUCUGCGACGCUCCAUCUACGGACUCAAACAGGCUGGCCGAAUCUGGAAUCGACACAUCGACGCAUCGCUUCGAGAUCUCGGCUAUACGGCGACGGGCACCGACCACUGCGUGUACUCUCGGAUCGACGAUCGGCGACGCCCACACUACAUCGCGCUGUACGUCGACGACCUCCUGAUGAUCAGCCCCGACUUGGCCGAAAUUGAACGUGUCAUCUCGGGCCUCGAACAACGCUACGGCGUCAAGCGCCUCGGCCCGGCAGAGUACAUCCUCGGCAUCCAGAUCAGGCGACUCGAAGACGGUUCUAUUGCCCUGUCCCAGGAACGGUACAUCAUGGACGUGCUUGCUCGGUUCCACUUCGACACCACGACUCGCGGCACUACAGUCCCGAUGACCCCCGGCCUUUCGCUCACCGCCAUCCCGGGUCAAGGCACCGAACGGAUCAGGUCAUGGUAUCUGCAGGCUAUCGGCUCGCUCCUCUACAUUUCGCUCGGCACCCGCCCCGACAUCGCCUUCGCCGUGUCCUACCUGGCCCGCUUCGCCAACAACCCUGGACGUCGUCACUGGAUCGCGGUCAAGCACAUCCUCCGCUAUCUCCGGGCCACAUAUCGCGACGAACUGGUUUAUGCUUGCGGCGAGACACGCAUCACGGGCGUGGUUGGCUACUCCGACGCGAACUGGGGGGCCUGCGUCGAUACGUCGGUGUCCACUAUGGGCUACGUCUUCUACAUUGCCGGAUCCGCCGUGUCUUGGUCGUCCAAGCGUCAAUCUCGAGUUGCCGAUUCUACCACCGACGCUGAAUACCUCGCCCUCUCGCAUGCUGGCAAGGAAGGGAUCUACCUCAGUCAGCUGCUCGAGGAGCUCCAUGUCCAACCUGUUGCACCGGCUCACAUUUUUACUGACAAUGAAGCCGCUGCCGCAGUUGCCCACGACCCUGUCCGCGUCUCCGGCACUCGACACAUACGCUUGCGCGAGCACUUUGUUCGGGACAUGGUGAAUCGGGGCGAUAUCUCACUCUCGCAUGUGGGAACCAGCAACAUGGUGGCCGACAUCUUCACAAAGGCUCUUGGCCCAAAGAUUUUCUCGACACACUGCUACGCACUAGGCCUUCGCACUCGACACCCACGGCUUGGAUCUGCCUCGCAUUCGCGUGGGGGGGGUGUGAAGAGUCCACUCUCAGCUCGACAGGGGCGCCUCGGUCGUUGCGCGCGCCUGCUAGCCUGGCCCCUGUGGUGGGGACUUAGGCGCGCGCGAGUGCCUCAGCGCGCCGGCGCCGGCGGUUUUCGGGCGCGCGCCGCUAGCCCGCCCUUGCAGUGGGGACUUAGCCGCGCGCGACUGCCUCAGCGCUCCAGCGAUUUCGCCCGCGCCUGGGCAUAUCCCAGCGCGGGCCACCUUUCCAUUUCUUAGCUUCCUUCUCAUCACUUCUGUUCGACUCUCGACUUCUCCUGACAGUAGUGGUGAUCAUCUCAUAGGUACGCUGAAAUAGAUCACUUCUGUUCGACUCUCGACUUCUCCUGACAGUAGUGGUGAUCAUCUCAUAGACCCCACUAGUAAGGUCGGCGCACAUGGACGUCUCAUCCCCCCUUGAUGAUUCUGCCAUGAGCGCCGUUGACGUGGCCCCAGGGUACACUGGCGGAACCUUACUUAACUUCACAGAUGCCGAAUCGUCCUCGUCACCGUCGCCUGCGUCGCCCUCAUCACCGUCGUCUGCGCCAUCGCCUGCACUUUCACCAUCGUCGGCUGCGUCAUCGUCACCCUCGGCCUUACCGACCGACUCUGAAGACUCCGCCGAUCCCCUCGACCUCCUCGGCUCACAGCCCCAGGUUCGCCUCGAUCUACAGGACGUGCACCACCCAGACUUCAGCACGUACCGCGAGCCCGCAUCGGCUGAGGAGUCGCCCGACGAACUCGACCUCAUUGGGCGCCACUCUCGCGACGAAUCUCCGGACGAAAUCGAUUUCCUCACCCGACACCACCGCGCCUUCAUCGCCAUCGACGACGACACCUCUGACACAGAGGCAAUUCAGCCAGUCAAGUCCAUCACGAGCGACCCACAGACCUGGCGCGAGGCGAUGUCUAGCGACAAGCGUGAAGUAUGGGCCAAAGCCGCCACCGACGAGUUCACCUCCAUGCGCGACGACUUCAAGGUCUUCACCAUCGAGGACCGAGCCACGGUGCCCGCGGGUGCGACUAUCGUUACAUCCAAGUUCGUCUGGAAAACGAAACGGAACGCACUCGGCGAAGUCACUGGACACAAGGCAAGGCUGGUCGCGCAAGGCAAUCGGCAACGCGACGGCAUCGACUUCAACGAAACGUUCGCACCGGUCGCACGCUUCUCCUCGAUACGCUCACUCCUCGCGCUGGCGGCCGCCAACGGCUUGCACGUGCACCAGGCGGACAUCGACAAAGCAUAUCUGCAUGGCGACCUUGACCACGACAUCUGGAUGACGGCACCGCGCGGCUUCGACCUUCCCAGCGACAAGGUGCUUCGCCUGCGACGCUCCAUCUACGGGCUCAAACAGGCUGGCCGAAUCUGGAAUCGACACAUUGACGCUUCGCUUCGGGCCCUCGGUUACACGGCGACGGGCACCGACCACUGCGUAUACUCUUGGCUCGAUGAUCGUCAAUGUCCACACUACAUCGCACUGUACGUCGACGACCUCCUGAUGAUCAGCCCGGAACUGGCCGAAAUCGAACGUGUCAUCUCAGGCCUGGACCAACGCUACGGAGUCAAGCGCCUCGGCCCGGCCGAGUAUAUCCUCGGCAUCCAGAUCAGGCGGUUCGACGACGGCUCUAUCGCCCUAUCCCAGGAACGGUACAUCAUGGACGUGCUCGCUCGGUUCCACUUCGACACCACGACUCGCGGCACUACAGUUCCGAUGACUCCCGGCCUUUCGCUCACUGCUAUCCCGGGUCAAGGCACCGAACGGAUCAGGUCAUGGUAUCUGCAGGCUAUCGGCUCGCUCCUCUACAUUUCGCUCGGUACCCGCCCUGACAUCGCCUUCGCCGUGUCCUACCUGGCCCGCUUCGCCAACAACCCCGGUCGUCGUCAUUGGAUUGCGGUCAAGCACAUCCUACGCUAUCUCCGGGCCACGUAUCGCAACGAACUCGUGUAUGCUCGCGGCCAGGCUCGCAUCACGGGUGUGGUAGGCUACUCCGACGCGAACUGGGGGGCCUGCAUCGACACAUCGGUGUCCACCAUGGGCUACGUCUUCUACAUCGCUGGCUCGGCCGUGUCCUGGUCGUCCAAACGCCAGUCUCGAGUUGCCGAUUCGACCACCGACGCUGAAUACCUCGCCCUCUCGCAUGCUGGCAAGGAAGGGAUUUACCUCAGUCAGCUGCUCGAAGAGCUCCAUGUACAACCUGUUGCACCGGCUCACAUCUUUACUGACAACGAAGCCGCUGCUGCAGUUGCUCACGAUCCUGUCCGCGUCUCUGGCACUCGGCACAUACGCUUGCGUGAGCACUUCGUUCGGGACAUGGUGAAUCGGGGCGACAUCUCUCUCUCGCAUGUGGGUACCAGCGACAUGGUGGCCGACAUCUUCACCAAGGCUCUCGGCCCAAAGGUCUUCUCAACGCACUGCUACGCCCUCGGCCUUCGCACUCGACACCCGCGGCUUGGGUCUGCCUCGCAUUCGCGUGGGGGGGGUGUGAAGAGUCCACUCUCAGCUCGACAGGGGCGCCUCGGUCGUUGCGCGCACUUGCUAGCCCGCCCCCGGCGGUGGGGACUUAGACGCGCGCGACUGCCUCAGCGCGCCAGCGCCGGCGGAUUCAUGCGCGCGCCCGCUAGCCCGCCCCCUUGCGGUGGGGACUUAGGCGCGCCGGCGAUUUCACCCGCGGCUGACUUAGGGAUGUACAUUGUCACGCGCCUGGGACUAUCCCAGCGUGGCCCCCCCUUUCUGUUUCUUAGCUUCCUUCUCAUCACUUCUGUUCGACUCUCAACCUCUCCUGACAGUAGUGGUGAACGUCUCAUAGGUACGCUGAAAUAGAUCACUUCUGUUCGACUCUCAACCUCUCCUGACAGUAGUGGUGAACGUCUCAUACAUCUGGGCUGAGGCCGCCGCCGCCGAGUUCACCGCCAUGCGCGACGACUUCAAGGUGUUCACCAUCGAGCCUCGCUCAUCUGUACCGCCGGGCGCCACCAUCGUCACCUCCAAAUUCGUCUGGAAGACCAAGCGCAACGCAAGCGGUGAAGUCACGGGGCGGAAGGCACGUCUUGUAGCGCAGGGUAACCGACAGCGCGACGGCAUCGACUUCUCAGAAACCUUCGCACCCGUCGCCCGUUUCUCCUCCAUUCGCUGCCUCCUGGCUCUUGCCGCUGCCAAUGGCUACCACGUUCAUCAGGCCGACAUCGACAAGGCUUACCUCCACGGCGAGCUCGAUCAUGAUAUCUGGAUGACGACACCACGCGGUUUCGACUUCCCGAGCGAUAAGGUUCUCCGGCUGCGACGCUCAAUCUACGGUCUCAAGCAGGCCGGUCGCAUCUGGAAUCGUCACAUUGACACAUCACUCAGGAAUCUGGGGUACAAGGCAACAGGCACUGAUCACUGCAUUUACUCUCGCAUUGACGAUCAGCAGCGGCCUCACUAUAUCGCCUUGUAUGUCGACGACCUCCUCAUUGUCAGUCCAGCCCUCGACGAGAUCGAACGUGUCAUCUCCGGCCUUGAACAGCGGUACGGCGUCAAACGACUCGGCCCCGCGGAGUACUAUGAAGGAACAAUAUACCACUGCACCAAAAGGCGAGGCACCUCUACUUCAGUGAGCGCAUAUUGUCCUAGAAGUGAGAUGGAGCAAAGUUCAACACCCCCCUGUGCGCGAAGCUGAAGAGCUUGUGGCAGUGGGUGCGGCUGUGAGGCAACUGGGCAUGUUGAUCAGGUCGCUUGGGCAAGUGCAGCUUGGGCACUGUGAGCACUGUCGAUGCGCCAGGGUGCUUGGCACGCCGCUGGGCAAGUGCGGGGGCCGGGACGCUGAGUGUAUGCGCGCAAAAUUGCCUGACCCCAGGGGGGAUUGAACUCAUGACCUGCUGGUUGCUCUGGGCUCAUAACCUAUGAAGGAACAAUAUACCACUGCACCAAAAGGCGAGGCACCUCUACUUCAGUGAGCGCAUAUUGUCCUAGAAGUGAGAUGGAGCAAAGUUCAACAAGUACAUCCUCGGAAUCCAAAUACGCCGCCUGGACGACGGUUCCAUUGCUCUAUCCCAGGAGCGCUACAUCAUGGACGUGCUGGCCCGUUUCCACUUCGACACCACGACACGCGGCACUACGGUGCCGAUGACGCCCGGCCUCUCGCUCACGGCAAUUCCGGGUCAGGGAACGGAGCGCAUUCGUUCGUGGUACCUACAGGCCAUCGGCUCCCUCCUCUACAUCUCCCUUGGCACUCGACCCGACAUUGCCUUCGCCGUCUCGUACCUGUCCCGGUUCGCCAACAACCCCGGCCGCCGCCAUUGGAUUGCCGUCAAACACGUCCUUCGCUACCUUCGCGCCACGUACCGCGAUGAGCUUCUCUAUGCCCGCGGCCCAGCAAAAGUCACGGGUGUGGUUGGUUAUUCUGAUGCGAACUGGGGCGCCUGCGUCGACACAUCCAUUUCAACGAUGGGCUACGUAUUUUACUUGGCAGGCGCCGCUGUCUCUUGGUCGUCGAAGCGUCAGACUCGGGUAGCGGAUUCCACCACUGAUGCCGAGUACCUGGCCUUGUCGCACGCGGGUAAGGAAGCGAUCUACCUUAACCAACUCCUCUCCGAGCUCCACGUUUGCCCAAUCGCUGCAGCUCACAUCUUCACCGACAACGAGGCCGCGGCCGCCGUCGCUCACGACCCCGUUCGCACCUCCGGCACCCGGCACAUUCGCCUCCGCGAGCAUUUUGUCCGUGACAUGGUCAAUCGAGGUGAUAUCUCUCUCUCACACGUUGGCACAGCAGACAUGGUUGCGGACGUAUUCACCAAAGCGCUAGGCCCCAAGAUUUUUGGUACACAUUGCUAUGCUCUAGGCCUCCGGACGCGACAUCCACGGCUCAAGUCUACCUCGCGUUCGCGUGGGGGGGGGUGUGAGGAAUCUGUGAGGAAUCCACUCUCCGCUCGGCUCAGGACUUAGGCGCGCGGAGCGAACCGGGCGCGGACUUAGGCGCGCGGAGUGAGCCGGGCGCCCCGGCCCAGGACUUAGGCGCGCGAAGCGAGCCUGGGACUUAG